GCUUCAUGUCAUCAUCAAGAAGCAAAGAGCGGAGCCCACAAGGAACUUGGCAUCAAUCUAGACUCUCUCUCUCUCUCUCUCUCUCUCUCUCUCUCUCUCUCUAUCUCUCAGCAUCUUCAUUGUCGAGGCCGAGCCCUGCGGAAACGGGCUGCCGAUCUCGGCGAUUCACACGGAUUCCACCUCACUCGCCGAGUUGACUCAUCUACCUCUCGAUCUUCUCUGCUUUAAUCUUUAUUUCUCUUUUUAGACUUCACUCUCGAUAGGUUUGGUCGGCGGUCAGCUGUCGCUCUUCACAGCUCCUUUCAGUCGUCGAUUCAGUAACGGAGAUGGAGACGUCGACGGUCCUCCGUGACGGUCACGUCAACGGGAAUCACCCUUUUGCGUCUUCUUCUCAGAGAGAUGUUUCUUACAGCUGCGGUUCUUGUGGGUAUGAGUUGAACCUAAAUUCCUCUAAUCGGAACACAUCAACCAUUGGCUCUAAAUACGGAAAAUCCAUUAAACGAGGGAUCAUAUCAUUCUUCUCCAUUGAUGAGAGCAGGUUUACUCAAGUUGAUGAGUUUCAGUGUGUACCGUACUUCAUCUCCAAGUAUUCGUGGGGUUUAUUGCGCAGGAAGACCAAACUUCUUUGCCGAAAGUGCGGGAACCAUGUUGGAGAUGCUCACGAUACCUCUUUGUACCCGCCUGAAUUGGAUGGACCAGAUGCAAGCCCCUCAGGCAUGUUUUGUAUAAUUCCUUCUCAUCAAUGGACUGGCAGCCAGCUUAGAUCCUUGAAUGCCAUGGACGCCCAACCAAGAAGAGGCCGCAAGUGCUCUGUUUUUUCUCUAUUAGAUGGUGACGUGUAUGUGUUUUGGUCUAAAACCGGAACUGAUUUGAAAGGACAGAAGUGGUAUAAAAUUUUGAAGGGGUUUGAGUGAUAAGAGGAAAGAUUAUGAUUGGUUUUAUGAUGUACGGAAGUAGUGUGGUAUUUUCAUAAGCAUUUGUAAUUGAAUAAAAUAACAUUUAAGGGCCAGUUUAGUGUAAAA